UCAAACAGGAAAACAGAUUCUGUGCUUGGAAAAGUGGGAGACAGAGUAGGCUGGCCGCAGCACGCUGGGCGGAAGAGGAUGUAGGAGGUGUUUCCUCACCCUCCUGUCUCUGGCUGGCCUGUGUGGUAUGAGAAGACUUCUGGCAUUGGCCAGGCACUGCGUUGGGCACCAGAGAUAAAGAAGUGAAGUGAGCCACCUGAUGAUGUUCACUGUGUACUAAGAGAGAAAUUUCUGCAGGGAAGGAGGCCCUCUCCAGACAAGAGGAGAACUUCAAGGUUGGAAGUGGCAGCACGAAGAGCAGAGCGUGGGCGACAUGCUGAGCAUCUGGGGCCCCACGUGAGACAGAGAGAAAGGAGAUUCUGUUUGAUCUGAGAGCUGCAUGUGCAAGAGAGCUGCUGGAAGCAUGGACCUCAGUGAAAAAUGGCCCUUGGAAGAAGGAACCUGGUUGUCCCAUGCUGGAAUUCAUCACUUUGCCAACACCAGAGGAGACAGUGAGUUCGUGGAAGCCUCUCCCGCGCCCCACAGCCCGGAGGAGUUAGGUCCUCCUCCUGUGUGUUACAGCCCUGGUAGUCCCACCCCAAUUCUAGAAGACCCCAACUACAUUUUCCCAGACUUUCAGCUCUAUUCUGGGAGACGUGAAGCAUCUGCUUUGACGGUGGAGGCAACUGGUAGUAGCAUCAGGGAAAAAGUUGUCGAGGACCCCGUGUGUCACUUCCAGCCCCCAAGCCUCCUGAGGACCUCAGAGGUGGAAAUGAGAGGUUCCGAGGAUGCAGCAGCUGGGACAGUGUUACAGCGGCUGAUCCAGGAACAACUGCGGUAUGGCACCCCAACCGAGAACAUGAACCUGCUGGCCAUUCAGCACCAGGCCACAGGGAGCGCCGGACCCGCCCACCCCGCAAACAGCUUUUCUUCCACGGAGAACCUCGCUCAAGAAGACCCACCAAUGGUCUACCAGUCGGCACGCCAGGAGCCGCAGGGUCAGGAGCACCAGGUGGACAAUACGGUGAUGGAGAAGCAGGGGCGGUCUGCGCAGCCUCAGCAGAACAGUGAGGAGCUGCCCACUUAUGAGGAGGCCAAGGCACAGUCCCAGUUCUUCCGGGGACAGCAGCAGCAGCAGCAGCAACAGCAACAGCCUGGGGCCGUUGGCCACGGUUACUACAUGGCCGGGGGCAGCAGUCAGAAGGCCCGGACCGAGGGGAGGCCCACGGUGAACCGUGCCAACAGUGGACAGGCACACAAGGACGAGGCGCUGAAAGAACUCAAGCAGGGCCAUGUCCGCUCCCUCAGUGAGAGGAUCAUGCAGCUGUCCCUGGAGAGGAAUGGUGCCAAGCAACACCUCCCUGGCUCAGGGAAUGGGAAGGGGUUCAAGGCAGGCGGGGGCCCCUCCCCAGCCCAGCCUGCAGGCAAAGUGCUGGACCCCCGGGGUCCUCCACCUGAGUACCCCUACAAGACCAAGCAGAUCAUGUCCCCCGUCAGCAAGACCCAGGAGCACGGACUCUUCUACAGUGACCAGCACCCUGGGAUGCUCCACGAGAUGGUCAAGCCUUACCCUGCUCCUCAGCCCGCGAGGACCGAAGUGGCCGUCCUGCGGUACCAACCACCCCCCGAGUAUGGAGUAACCAGCCGUCCCUGCCAGCUCCCGUUCCCGUCGACAGUACAGCAGCACAGCCCGAUGUCUUCCCAGAACCCCCCUGUCAGCGGGCCACUGCACUCCGUGUCCUUGCCACUGCCGCUUCCCAUGACCCUGGCUGCUCCGCAGCCUCCACCGGCCGCCUCACCCAGCCAGCAGCUUGGUCCUGAUGCCUUUGCCAUCGUGGAGCGAGCCCAGCAGAUGGUGGAGAUCCUCACUGAGGAAAACCGGGUGCUUCACCAGGAACUUCAGGGUUACUACGACAAUGCUGACAAGCUCCACAAGUUUGAAAAAGAACUUCAGAGAAUUUCAGAAGCCUAUGAGAGCCUGGUCAAGUCCACUACCAAGCGAGAAUCACUGGACAAGGCGAUGAGAAACAAACUGGAAGGCGAGAUCCGGAGGCUUCAUGAUUUCAACAGAGACCUCCGAGAUCGCCUGGAGACUGCCAAUAGGCAGCUGUCUAGCAGAGAAUACGAUGGGCAUGAAGACAGAGCCACAGAGGGGCUUUACGCUUCCCAGAACAAAGAAUUCUUGAAGGAGAAGGAGAAGUUGGAAAUGGAGUUAGCGGCAGUGCGGACCGCGAGUGAGGACCACCGGAGGCACAUUGAGAUCUUGGAUCAGGCUCUGAGCAACGCCCAGGCCAGAGUCAUCAAGCUAGAGGAGGAGUUACGAGAGAAGCAAGCCUAUGUGGAGAAGGUGGAGAAGCUCCAGCAGGCCCUGAGCCAGCUGCAGUCUGCAUGUGAGAAGCGAGAGCAGAUGGAGCGGAGACUACGGACAUGGCUGGAGAGAGAGUUGGAUGCUCUGAGGACCCAGCAGAAACAUGGAAACAGCCAGCCAGCCGGCGUGUCAGAAUAUAAUGCCCCGGCCCUCCUGGAACUUGUGAGGGAGAAGGAGGAGCGGAUCCUGGCCCUGGAGGCCGACAUGACCAAGUGGGAGCAGAAGUACCUGGAGGAGAGUACUAUCCGACACUUCGCCUUGAACGCCGCAGCCACUGCGGCCGCUGAGAGGGACACCACGAUCAUCAACCACUCAAGGAAUGGCAGCUACGGUGAGAGCUCACUGGAGGCCCACAUCUGGCAGGAGGAGGAGGAGGUGGUGCAGGCCACCCGGAGGUGUCAGGACAUGGAGUACACUAUUAAGAAUCUCCAUGCCAAAAUCAUAGAGAAGGAUGCCAUGAUUAAAGUCCUGCAGCAGCGAUCCCGGAAAGACGCUGGGAAGUCAGACUCCUCGAGCCUGCGUCCUGCCCGCUCCGUCCCGUCCAUUGCUGCGGCCACCGGGACGCACUCCCGCCAGACCUCGCUGACCAGCAGCCAGUUAGCCGAAGAGAAGAAAGAGGAGAAGACCUGGAAGGGGAGCAUAGGGUUGCUGCUGGGGAAGGAGCACCACGAACACGCUUCCAUGCCCCCGGCCGCAGCGCUGUCCCCCAGCACCCUCGCCAACUCGGCCGGCAGCGCCCAUGCCAAGACAGGCAGCAAGGACAGCAGCACCCAGACGGACAGGAGUGCUGAACUCUGGUGGCCCAGCACGGCCUCCCUGCCCAGCCGCGGCAGACUGAGUGUGACCCCCUCCAACAGCCCCAUCCUAAAACACCCGCUGGCCAAAGGGACUGCGGAGAAAUCUGAGAACCCUCUGGGCCACGGGAAGUCCCCUGAGCACAAAAGCCGCGUGAGCAGCGUGCUCCACAAACCUGAGUUCCCUGACGGAGAGAUGAUGGAAGUUCUCAUCUAGUGCUGGCGUCCCUGCUGCAUUCUGUGAGGGGACUUGACCAACCUGGAACAUGGCCGAGAUGGAGAAGAGAGAUCAAGAAAGUUGUGGAUGAGAAAUCAGGAGCGCUUUGAACUGACAAAGACCUUAGAUUAGUGAGAACACUUCUGUAAACAUUUAAAAACCUACAUGACUGAAGAUGAGGGGAAUGCUGUGGAUUCCUAUCGCGUAUGUUGAGAAGAGAGAAGCUGCAUGUAGGUUUGGAAACCAAGAAGUCACCGGAAGUGGGAUUUUUACUGUAUAGAAAAUAUAUCUCUUGGGGAGGGAGGGUCUAUGUACAGCGGCUUUCUAGUUAUAAACACAUAAACCUGAACAUGGAUCUUCCUUGAAAUACCCCCAUUCUCCUUGCCUCUUAGCAUGUUGUUGUCGUUUUUUAGAAGAAUCUUCCAGAAAUCUCCAAGAGCCCAUCUUGGCACCAACAUAAAUGUCACCGUGCCAUUGGAGUUUCCUGUGAACAUGGCGGGGGGUGGGGGUGGCAGUGAGAACACGUGUCUGUAGGUGAUGGGAAUUUAGAAGGCGGUUCGCACCCAAUUCCCUGCUUGGUUUGGAUUUUCAGGAAAUGAUGAGGCUUCUUAACUUCUGUGGCUGUGGCAGUAAAUAUGGAAGAGGAUGGGAGCGUUAUGAUCUUGGUGCUCAAACUCCCUAACUGCUCUGAGUUUCAUCACUUCCUAUGCUUCAUUCUCUUUAAUUUCACUCUUCUUUUCUUUCACUUCUCCUUGUCCAUACCACACGGUGGAAUUCCUUAGGUCUGGGAUUUAUGAGAGCAGAGUCUGAUCUCUGUUUAAUAGUGACCAGUGGGACAGAGCUGUGUGCUGGCUGCCUGGCCGCUUCCUCCCCCUUGGAGUCACUGGGCUGCAGCUGCUAAUCUCCUGGCUGGGGACUAGGUAAGUUUGGAUGAGGCGGAAGAUUCCGUGGUCACUGCGACAUCCUGCAUUCAGAUCGGGGCUCUGGCUCUUCUCUCAUAUCUGCUCUCUCACGCAGAGCUUGGCAGCUCCACCUCGGUGCUCUGUUGGGCUGAGACUUUCAGGAUUGCCCUCCAGGCAGUGAAUGACACUUGACUUGGUGGCCUCCAGAGAGUCACCAGACAGCUUGUACGACGUUCUCGAAUCUGUGGCUCAUGACCAUCAUCACCACUCUCCCCAGCCCCUCGCACUGUGGACGAGCACGUAGGUCUCUGUGUUAACACAUCAGUGUUUUUCCGUCGUGAACUUGCUUUGUGACUUAGCAGGCCAGGAUUUGUACAGUGAAGUCACGUUUUUCGAGGUUUUGGUUUGGGCCAAGUUGACCGGAGUCAGACAGAAGGACCACGUUGAAGAUCCAGGAGUGAGUCGGGGUAGUGGGCCUCUUACCCCUGUGCGUGCCGGCAUGUCUAACUCCUCAGACGUGGGCUUGCUUUACAGAUUUAAGAGGGACUAGAUCAGGAAAGAGAAGCUAAUCGGGCUGCCACAUGUUCUUGUAGGCUCCUGCGGUUUUCCUCCCUCCAGGUCAACUGGAUCCUCUUAUCCCAGGUCCCCUUCCCUGGGCUUCGUUAAGGUAACAAAGAAAAGGGGCCUGGGUCAGAGACUUUCUCCUGUGACAUUUAGGAGCAUUGAGCACAAUGCUCUGCAGGGAAUUUUGCUUGGGUGACUUACCUUAGAGUUGGCCUGUGAGGUGUGAGGCAGGUGGAGUUGUAGUCUCCCCAGAUUGUCGUGGUGGGAGAAGGACUGAGGUGUAGACUGGAGAGGGGGAGGGAGGAAAUCCGUGGCCUUGGCCAGAGGGGGCACAGUGAGUGGGACAUAGCAGGAGCCGCCUCUUCCUGAGCUCCUCUGCGGUGGGCACUGAACUUUGUGCUUUGUGCCUUUAGCCUCCUCUAGUCCUGUCAGGCCGGGAAGCCGGAGCAGUUCUGCAGGCAUCAGCAGCCUGCCUAAUGCCUGGGGCUGUGUGCAUGUGGACGCAGAGGGUGGGGAUAGGGCACAGGAGGCCCCAUCCCAGUCCCUGUUCCCAUCACUUUGGUGAGGGGUAGAUGACGGCAGCUCUUUCCCUUAAGGGUAUUUUGACCUCUUAAUUAAUGUUGGAAAUGGACCAGGAAUGAAAGCAAGGUCUGGACAUAGGAGGGCAAGUCUCCUCUGCCUGUCCCUGCAACCCACACCUGGGCCACGGCAAACUGAGCUGUCUCCCCUAGGAAUGGGUAAUGGUGAGAGCCACAGCCCCGUCUUUCUGCUGUCCCCCGAGCCUCAUCUUUCUGCUCCAGCACACCUUUGGCACCAGGUUCCAGGCUCGUGUACGGCCCUUGGUUGCCCCCAUCGCCAAGUGUAUGGUCAGAGUGCAAACACAGACGUCACCAGUUUUUGGUUGUGCUGUGCUCUUUGGCAGUCUUCUUUCUUCUAACUUGCUUAGACUCUCCCAUAAGAAAAGGGACCUCUAGCUUUUAGGUGUGUUCUUUUCUGGGAGAUUUCCUGCCAUGCCAGGGCCCCCUGAUGCUUUUCAUGUUCGUAGCUUUCUCGAAGCCUUGCUGGCUGACACGUAGGAGCAAGGGAUUGCAAAUACCGAGCAUCUGCUCUGCAGUUCUAGGCAAUUUAUAAUCAUUUAUCUCAUUUGAUUUUCAGAAAAAUAAAUCCCAGCUCUUUUUUCGUGCUGGCUGUAGGCAAGCAAGGUGGUGAGCAUCUUUUAAUGAGUCCUUGAGCCAUCUGCAGAGCAAGGCCUAGUUCAGCUUUCUUUCACAGUGGAAGAAAUGGGCUCAAGGAGCUUCGGUCCCUCCCCAAAGCCUCACAGCAGUGGCAUCUGGACGAGGGUCCUGCGAGGGGAGCUGUGCGCCUGUCACAGGCUGCAGCACCACCAACAUGGGUCAGAACCAUGUUUGAGGCCAUGUCUUGGCCCACGUUGGCCUCGUCUAUGGUGUGUGCACAGGCACACGCACACACACAAACACAAAGGUACACACACAUAGCUGCCACACCUCUCAGAAACUGAGGAAGAAGACCACAGCCCCAGACUCUUAGAAUUGCCCAUAAACACGAGGAACAGACGGAAGUCUUAGUGUUCCAUCAUCACAGGGCCACAGAAUCCAUCUCAAAAACACUUGUGUGUUAUCCAGAGGCCUGGACUUCAGGACUUGCCCGUGGGCUCUGAUUACGGACCUCACGAGCCGUCUUGGAGUGAAGGGUAAAGGCUUUGGCUUUGUGUGAACACCUGCCAGGGUAAUCGGGCUUCUCCCGGGAUGGGCCUUCUGGUGGUUUCUGUGUGCUGACCAGGGUAUCUUAUGGAAUAGAUGCUACUGGAUUCUAGCCACUCAUUGCAGAACCUUUUCUUAGCAGUUUCUUCUCUUGGCUUAUCUUCCACCUGCCGGAGCUCAGCAGCCAGUGAGGGUGUGGAAUCCAGCCCAUUCCAGGCAGGCCUGUGGAUAGAGAGUGGUAGGGCCCUGUUCUGUCCUGUUCUGCAGGGCUGGCUCUUGGAUGUGGCUGCACCAGCCUGGGGUCCAGUCGCGAGAGAGUUGCUCUGUGGGAAUCCUGGUCUCGGAACAGAGACUGCAGUGAUGUGUUGCUCAGGGAACAGGCUGUGGGAUUGGCCACUGCAGAGGAGCUGGCCAUCACUCUCUCUCUCCCCCGGGGUCACCCUCAGGCCCCUGUGUCCUCCUGAUGGGAAGACAGACCUGCUCCCGGGCAGCCUUCUGACUGGCAGAGACCACUGCGAGCACAGAUGUCAGGUGAGGCUGAAUGCCCGGGACACAGUGAAAAAUAGAUCAGGGCUUUAAAAGGUCUCGAAGCAGGGAGCUCAUGCAUGAUGCUCAGGAGCUGAUUUUCCAGAACCAAAGUCGUGUUCCAGCCUGUGCUUGAGUCAAAGGGUAUGCUUCUGUGUGCUGAGAAUGAACUUGCACCCCUGAGCAGAGCAGUCCCGUAGCUGUGGGGAGUGGGAGCCCAUGGAUACUCUCAAACAGUAAAGCCGUCACGUAGCCACAGAGAACCCAGCCUACAGUCGUCUCCUUCCCACCCCUGAGCCUGGGGCAGCCAUAGUAGAGGCUUUAGAAAUGUGGUUUUGCUUUUCUUCUUUUUUGCUAAUUAAUUGAUGUGUUUAAAAUGUCUUCCUUCAAUGUGAGGACUGUUUAAUCAGCUUGCCUCUGAUGUGUGGCUUGGUGGGAGAUGGGCAGAGUAAUUAAGAAGCUUCCAGAAAAAAAAGAAAAAAAAAAAGAAGCUUCCAGAAGCUGACCAACUUGGGAGCAUUUAAGGUCAGCAUUUCAGUAAAGCAUUUCUUCUGGAACUAAUGAGCAGAUUUUUCUCUCUUCCUUUUAAGUAGUAUAUCCUUUUCUUGUUUAAUAAUGAUAUAUAAAGACGUGUGCAUCUCCGUGCAUACGUAUGGGUAUGACUCCAAGGUUGCGUGUCAGGUUUUCUUUCUUAAUAUGGGGAAGAUCCAAGCAUUUCAUCUCACCUCUUCCUCAAGCGCUGACCCUUUGGGAGACUCUAUGCUGAUUGCUGCCCCACUGCCCCAGGAGAAACAGUUGUGAACACCUCUGUUAGAAUGGCCUUUGGCACCUGGGACAUUUGUUUGAUUAUCCUUACAGAUGAGAAAUCUUCAUCCUUUGAGGGUGGAUUUAAGUUUGGAAAUCAUCCCAGUUGAACAAAUAAAGAUGGGUGAUGAAAGUCACACCAUUUUAGCUUUAAAAAAAGAAAAUCCCAAAAAUGUUCCUUGGAAUGAGUCUUUGGACUCCUAGAGCCUCUUGAAGUGACCACUUCCAAGGACUGUGGUCAUCAGUACAUGUAACUUCAGGUGGGUUCGCUUUUAAAAAUCUCCUCUCUUGCCAUGCCUUGUAUGUGUUCACCUCUGUGCGUACGCACAGACGGAAUGUGUAAUCCUUAGUAUAGACCUCCAGUGGGUGCUCUGUAAAGCCCUGUAAUACUUAAGUGCAUGUAAUUGUCAUGUAACGCGAUGACCAAGGUGUUUCUUUGUCAUAAAAGCUUGCUUCUUCACAGAAUUAAAAUACUCUUCUCAAAGUAAUGGGGUACAUACACAGCAUUUUCUCGUAUCAGCUCCCUAAACGUCAAUGCCCAGUUGUGUGUUUACAUGUGAUUUUACCUAGGAUUCCGGUCCCCUGUAGACACCUGCGAGUAUUUAUUACAAAACAGAAUGUAAGCAAGUGUAUCUGCUGUGGUUUUCUUUGCAUUAAGGUGUUUUCCCUGGAGGGACCCUGGAGCCGCCUCCUCCACAGGGCACUGACAGAGUCUGUGUGAAAUUCUGUGAACCCAGGGCAGGCGCGGGCACCGACCUCAGCCAAAACUCGGAUGGCCCUCGGGCCACCACUCACUCCACCCGCCAUGUGAGUCAUUGCUGUGCAUGGUGGCAGCGUGCGGUGUUCCCUCCAGCAGCCUCUGGUGUGACAUUCUGGCAUCUUCGUCUGCUGGUGUGUAUUGAAGGGGGGCGGGCUGCAGAGCUGCACAGCCCAGGUGUGUAUGUGUACAGGGGCAGGGGGUGUCCAGGAAUGCAGCGGGUCCCCCACGGCAGAUGUUAAUACUGUUGGUCAGCCAAAGAUUUUCCUAUUUGCUGCUUAAACUUGUGCCUUAAUAUUGUAUAUAAUAAAGGGAUAAAAUGGCC